CAUCCGGUUAUUACUCCGAUUCUCUGACACACAGUUCACAUGCAUUUAGCAACUUGCAUGUUCUGAGCACAGCAAGGAUAAUGAAUUUCCUGUGCUGGAGAUUUCCUGUGCAGGACAACAGCAACGAGCACGGACCGUUGAAGUACUCGUCAGAUAAGGUGAUGCAUAGCACCAUAAGAAUAAUUUGUAAGCUGCUAUUGAUUAUAACAGUACUGAAUCAACACAGCAACCAGACAGAUUUACUCUGCUUCAGACUGGACAAGGACUCAGGGGUGAAUUGUACCUGGAGCCCAAGUCGUAACACUUUGACCACCACUGAGUACAUCUUCUAUUUGGAGGAGGAGGACAGUAAUAAGCCACUUAAUGUGAAAACCAACUUACCUUCGGUGACCCUGGAAAGGAAGGCCCUCUCUGCAGGGAAACGCUACAAUGCCUGGGUGGAGGCCCAUAAUACACGGUUAUCAUCUUUCGAAUUCAUCAUUGAAGAUAUAGUGAAGCCCUAUCCUCCAGCUAAUGUGUCUGCCGUAGCUGCACUGGAUGAUCCGACAAUAAUUAUGAUAGAGUGGACAAAACCCACCAACCUCGACCUGUCAGCUAAUUUCCAGUUUGAGCUGCAGUACAGAUUGGCAGGCCAGAAAAAUUGGACUGAGGUUUCACAUGAUGAAAUUGAAGUCCAAGCAAUAAGUUACUGUCUGGAAGAACUACAAACAUUUACAUGGUAUGAAUUCCGUAUCCGAUGCGGACGAGAUGGAGAGACAAACAAAAAACUGUGGAGUAAUUGGAGUUCAGUGAUCAGAGCCAGGACCCGAGAGGCCAGUCCUGACGGUGUUCUCGAUGUGUGGUUUAUGCAAAGAAGACAAGGUUCUACUACUCUACUGUGGAAGCCUCUUGAACAACAUCAAGCGAGAGGAAUAAUUCGCCAAUACUCUGUGAGUGAAGGGGAUGGAGAAGAAAUGAGCAAGGUGACCACCGUUACCUGCUGUAACAUCAGCCUGUCUGAGAACACUCGGCAUGUGAAUGUCACUGCUUACAACUCUGUUGGAGCUACUGAGCCGGCUAAACUCAAUCUGGUUAAAGAUCAGCCACCUGUAUUGAAUUUAACUACUCUCAAGUAUAAUGAUGAGAUUCAAGUGUGCUGGAAGGCACCAUCCAAAAAAGUGCUCAACUUUGUGGUGGAAUGGUGUAACCUGAACUUGCCAGAACAUGGACCAGAAUGGAAGAAAAUACCGGCACUGAAGGAAUGUAUGGCUUUCAGAAGUGGUGUUCUGCAGCCCUGGAUUCCAUACAACGUCUCAGUCUAUACUCAAGAUGAGAGUGGCCUGGGUGGACCAGUAUCCAGAAUAGUCUACAAGGAAGAAGGAGUGCCACUCACAGGCCCCCAAAUCUCAAUAUAUAACAUUUCUCAGACUUCAGCCACACUGAAGUGGGAGGCCAUUUCCCUGAACCUCCGCCAGGGGUUUAUUGUUUACUACACUCUAUAUUACAUAAAGAAUCCUCAGGAAGGCAGCAGGCAACAAGCCCUCAAUAUAAGUUCUGCAUUACACAGUUUCAUGCUAUCGAAUUUGGAGCCAGCAAGUACCUAUGAGAUUUGGAUGACAGCUUCCACUAUCAAAGGGGAGGGCAAAAGUGGAUUACGCCUCAAAUUGAAGACACAAGCUUCACAUACUGCGAUCUGGAAGCAUAUUGUGCUGGUACUUGUCAUCUUGGCAGGUAUCUUCCUUUGCGUUAUCUUUGGAAAAUGCUGUUUUCAUCAAAGGAUAAAAAGCCUUAUCUCCUUCUUGAUACCUCAGUGGUGUUGCCAGAAAAUCCCAGACCCUAAAAUCAUCCGUACUCGGCUCCAGCAGAAUCUUAUCACUCCAGACCAUUUUGGAAUGAUUGAGAAUGAUCCAGAAGUUGUUAAAGUGGAAGAGACUGUGACACUGGUUCCCCAAACAACUAGCAACAGCUUUACUCUGAAAGAAACCAACAGCUUAGACACCGACGAUCUGUUACUGAAAAACAUACCAACUCAGAAUGGAGAAAACUCUCCACACACCUGCACUGGUCAGGAUAUACAACCUGAAGAAAAGCCAGUCAGCACAAAAAUACCAGGAAGAGCCUGCAUCACCUCUGGCUAUGAGAAACACUAUGUGCCAUCGCCAGAAGAACUGCUUGAAGAUGACUGGCAAUUAGACAGAAAAAAGCAGUGGCUGGGUUUGGAGGAACACCAACAAUGAACCUUCAAAAUAGCUGGGGUAACUAAAAUGCAUCCAAGCUACCACAGAAUUUCAACAUCUUGCUCUGAGCAUUGUGCAUUACUGCUAGCUUUGGCAUUCCUGAAGAGAUAACUUUAAUCAAUCUAACCAUAGAAAGUGAAUGUGACUGGUGAAGGAAGCCUUGGAACCUAUUCAACUCAGGCUUCAACAGAAAACAACUUGAUUCUCCAAAUGAAGAAUUGGUCUUGGGCUCUUAGCUCCAGUGGAGCAUAUAUCAUUGUUCACUUCUUUGUCUCCUUCAAACAAAGUCGGCUGGAGUUCAUCAAUGUUUCUGUAAUCCAUUGCAUCCAAUGUACAGGGGAUUGGCCUACACAACUUCACCAGAGCCCCAUUGUCUAGCCUUACCUAUUUCCAUCUCUCACGACGAGUUCCUAGGUUUGAGGUUGGGCAUUGAGAGGCAAAUGGAGAAUUCAAUCCUUCUUUAAGUUGUUCAUGGAUUUGUUAGUUCCUCAGAGUCAUGUCAAACAUGGCCUAUCCUUUUGAUGAAGAAAUUGCUCGACCUGCACAACAUCCAAUAUGUUUACUCAUGACAGUAAGUUCCGACUGUUGCUGCUCCAUGUAACGAUAUCAUGAAUGCACUGUACUGUGAAAGCUCAGGAUCACUCAAGUUGUUCCUCACUCACUCUGCUCUCUACUAAUACUGGGAUCCCAAGGAACUGGGUGCCUCCAAUUCUCCAGCAGCUUUUCAAUGGUUUGAUGUUAUAAAGCCAUAUUAGACAGUCAUAAAUAAGACUUUCGAAUUAACUUGAUGUUCUCCCAAUAAAUAGCUCUUAUUACUUUUAUAAUGCAGACUCUGUGACUAUUACUAACUUGGGAACGUCAUUUUGGAAUUUUUAUAUUCAAAUAUUUUGAUCUAAACAAAAGUCUCCUGAAGGAAACUCCUUCCUUUAAAGAUGAGUAUUGGAGAUGCCUAUAAGCUGGCAAAGCAGAGCCCUGAAUACUUAAGAUUAUAAGACAAAUGAGCAGCCAAAUAGGCUAUUUGGCCUAUCGAAUUUGUUCUGUCAUUUUAUCACGGCUGAUCCAUUUUUCCUCUCAGCCCCAAUCUCCUGUCUUCCUCCCAUAUCCCUUCAUGCUCUAACCAAUCAAGAAUCUAUCAACCUCUGCCUUAAAUACUUUAUACUUUAUUGUCGCCAAACAAUUGAUACUAGAACGUACAAUCAUCACAGCGAUAUUUGAUUCUGCGCUUCCCGCUCCAUAAUAUACAUAAAGAUUUAACCUCCACAGCUGCCUGUGGCGAUUGGGUUGCCAACUUUCUCACUCCCAAAUAAGGGACAAAAGUAGCAGUCAAAUAUGGGACACUUGUGUUUACCCCGAGAAAGACUACCAUGACCAUGAAGCCUUGCGCGGACACCUGUGUGAGCAUACAUGCGGGCGCAUGCAUGUACGUGCUGAUUUUUUUCUACAAAUCAGUUUUGGUUUAAUCUUUCCGAUUCUGAUACACUGUUCAUACAUUUUUUCUACUUUAUAUAGGCCGUGUAUUUAUCAUAUCAUUCCUGCUUUUACUAUAUGUUAGUGUUAUUUUAGGUUUUAUGUGUUAUUGGUAUGAUUUGGUAGGUUAUUUUUUGGGUCUGGGAACGCUCAAAAAUGUUUCCCAUAUAAAUUAAUGGUAAUUGCUUCUGCACUUUAUGCCAUUUUGGCUUACAAACGGUUUCAUAGGAACGCCCUACCUUAGCGGGGGAAAUACGGGACAAGGGCGGUCCCAUAUGGGACAAACCAAUUUAGCCCAAUAUAUGGGAUGUCCCGGCUAAUACAGGACAGUUGGCAACACUAUGUGGCGACGAAUUCCACAGAUCCACUACUCUCUGGCUAAAGAAAUUCCUCCUCAUCUCUGUUCUAAAAGGACGCCCCUUUAUUCUGAGGCUGCGUCCUCUGGUCUUAGACUUUCCCACCAUAGAAAUGGCCUCUCCAUAUCCACUCUAUCAAGACUUUUUACCAUUUGAUAAGUUUCAAUUAGGUCACCCCUCAUUUUUCUGAAUUCCACUGAAUAUAGGCCCAGAGCCAUCAAACGCUCUUCAUAUGAUAAGCUAUUCAAUCCUAUUCAAACCUCUUCCUACAGAUGCUGCUUGGCCUGCUGCAUUCACCAGCAACUUUGAUGUGUGUUAUUCAAUCCUGGAAUCAUUUUCGUGAACCUCCUUUGAACCCCCUCCAGUUUCAGCAUAUCUUUUCUAAGGGGCCCAAAACUGUUCACAAUACUCCAAGUGAGGCCUUACCAGUGUCUUAUAAAGUCUCAACAUUAUAACCUUGCUUUUAUAUUCUAGUCCUCUUCAAAUGAAUGAUAACGUUGCAUUUGCCUUCCUUACCACAGACUCGACCUGCAAGUUAACCUUUAGGGAAUCCAGCACAAGGACUUUCAAGUUCCUCUGUUUUUUGUAUUUGCUCCCCAUCUAGAAAAUAGUCUAGCUUUUCAUUUCUUCCACCAAAAUGCAUGACCGCACACUUCCUGACACUGUAUUCCAACUGCCAUUUUCUCCUAAUCUGUCUAAGUCAUUCUAUUGCCUCUCUGCUUCCUCAAAACUACACAUCCCUCCACCUAAGUUUGUAUCGUCUGCAAACUUUGCAAAAAGCCAUCAAUUCCAUCACUCAAAUCAUUGAUAUAUAAUGUAAAAAGAAUCAGUCCCAACACAAACCCCUGCAGACAUCCCACCCUGCAAAAACUCAUUUCAGGGAGGUAGCACCAGCAAUCUGCGGGAGACUCCCGGAACUUCCAGGAGCGGUGGGCUAUCUGCAAUAGAGUAGCUCCUUAGCAGCUAGCCAGCUAGUUUAAAUAACGUUAGCUAUGCUAAUGAACGAAUGACACCUGUUAAACUCACCUCAACAUAUCUUUUAGUCUUAAUCCACCAUGGGCAAUAGAAAAGUCAUUGUUGCAAACAGUGCAGCGAGCAACACUGUCAUUAUUUUUGACCCCUAUUAGGCAGGGGUACACUUUAGUGUAGUCUGGGGUGAUGUAUGUUUUAUAUUUUCUUUUUUUGGAACACUCUGCCAUGGUGCGCUCUCUCUCUCUCUCUCACACACACACACGCGCUCCCGUGGUGUCUCUCGUGCUCGCUCUCUCGCUCUCGUGGUCGCUCUCACUCUCGUGGUCUCUCUCACACUCACUCGCUCUCUCUCUCGCGCGCGCUCUCUCUCAUGAUUGCUCUCACUCUCUCUCUCUCUCAUGGUCGCUCUCGCUCUCUCUCGCGUGCUCUCUUGCCCUCGUGGUCUCUCUCACGCUUGCUCUCUCUCGUGGUUGCUCUCGCUGUCUCUCUCUCUCUCGCGCUCACUCUCUCAAAAAAAUUGACUACCAGGCCAUUGUAUAUAAUUUGCGGGCAUCAGGGAGCCACUAUUAAUAUGCGGGAGACUCCCGGAACUUCCGGGAGGCGUGGGAUGUCUGCCCCUGUGGAUCACCACCAGUCACCGGCAGCCAAUUAGAAAAGGCACGCUUUAUUCCCGCUCUUUGCCUCCUGCCAAUCAGCCACAGCUUUAUCCAUGCUAGAAUCUUUCCCAUCAUACCAUGGGAUCAUAACUUGUUAAACAGCCUCAUAUGUGGCACCUUGUCAAAGUACACAUCAACCAAUUCUCCUUUGUCAAUCUUCCUUCUUAUUUCUUCAAAGAAUUCCAACAGGCAAGAUUUUCUCUUGAGGAAACCAUGCUGACUACGGCCUAUUUUAUCAUGUGUCUCCAAGUACCCGGAAACCACAUGCGAAACAAUUGACUCCAAUAUCUUCCCAACCACUGAAAUCAGACUAACUGGCCUAUAAUUUCCUUACUUCUGCCUCUCUCUUGAAGAGUGGUGUGACAUUUGCAAUUUUCAAUCUUCUGGAACCAUUCCAGAAUCCAGUGAUUCUUGGAAGAUCAUUACUAAUGCUUCCACAAUCUCUUCAGCUACCUCUCUGAGAACUCAGGGGUGUAUACCAUCUGGUCUAGGUGACUUAUCUACCUUCAAACCUUUCAGUUUCCUAAGAACCUUCUCCCUAGUAACAGCAACUUCACACAUUUCUGUCCACCAACACCUUCAAACUCCUGGCAUACUGUUAAAGAGUCUUCCACAGUGAAGACUGAUGCAAAAUAUUAUACAGUUCAUCCGGCAUUUCCUUGUCCCCCAGCAUCAUUCCCUUCCACCAAUCACAUUCACUUUCUUCAGCAUCGUUUUCAGCAGACAAAUCCACUCUCAUCUCUCUUUUAGACUAUGUAUCCGAAGAAACUUUUGGUAUCCUCUUUAAUAUUAUUGACUAGCUUACUCUUGUAUUCCAUCUUUACCUUCUUAAUGACUUUUAGUUGCCUUCUGUUGGUUUUUAAAAGCUUCCCAAUCCUCUAAAUUUCCAUUAAGUUUUGCUCUAUUAUAUGCCCUCACUUUGGCUUUUGUUUUGGUUUUGACUUCCCUUAUUCGCCAUGGUUGUGUCAUCUUUGCUUUAGAAUACUUCUUCUUCUUUGGAAUGUAUAUAUCCUGUGGCUUCCGAAUUGCUGCUCUGCCAUCAUCCCUGCGCACUUAUGAUCACUUGCCCCUCAGAUUCUUUUACCCUAAGCUCUCUAAUCAAUUCUGUUUGAGUGCACAACACCCAAUCCAAUCCAAUCCCCUAGUGGGCUCAACCACGAGUUGCUCUAAAAAGCCAUCUUCUAGGCAUUCUAGAAAUUCCCUCUGUUCGGAUCCUGCACCAAUCUGAUUUUCCUAAUCUACCUGCAUAUUGAAAUCCCCCAUGACUAUUGUAUUUUCUAUCUCUGCUGUAAUUUGUAAACCACAUCCUUACUACUAUUUGGGGGCUAGUAUACAACUCCCAUUAAGGUCUUUUUACCCUUGCAAUUCCUUAGCUGUAUCCACAAUGAUUCAACACUUUCUGACCCUAUGUCACCUCUUUCUAAUGAUUUGAUUUCUUUUUUUUAAACCAAUAGAGCAAUGCCACCUCCUCUGCUUUCCUGCCUAUCUUUUUGAUACAAUGAGUAUCCCUGGCCAUUAAACUCCCAACUAUACAGUAGUUUUCUUUCAGCCAUGAUUCGGUGAUGCCUACAUCAUAGAUGCCAAUUUGUAACUACGUUACAAGUUCAUCUAUCUUAUUCCGUGUACUGCAAGCGUUCAAAUACAACACCUUGAGUCCUGUAUUGACCCUUUAAAAAAAAAUUGUCUGCCUUUUACAUUCCAACUCAUCCCGUUAACUGCAAUUUUGCCCUGUCAUCAGCCUCUCCUCACUACACAUUGCCUCUGUUUGUAAACCAACUACCUCACCCUCAGCACUAUCAUACCAGUUCCCAUCCCCCUGCCAAAUUAGUUUAAACCAUCCCGAACAACUCUAGCUAACCCGCUUGCAAGGAUAUUGGAUCCCCUCAGGUUCAGAUGUAACCCCUUCCUUUUAUACAGGUCAUACCUUCCCCUAAGACCUUGUAUAACUAAGAUCCAUUUAUGAGUUAACCACAUACACAUACUGUCUAUGCAGGGACUCCCAAUACACCUAUACUCCUUUCAAAAAUAUACUGCACACAUAGUUUCCACACUGCCUGGCCACAUGCACACAGGUCCCUUUAGCAGUUUUACACACAGACACACCCCAUACAAGAUGGGGCAGCAUGAUAGCAUAGUGCUUAGUACGCUUCACAGUACUAGCGAUCUGUGUUCAAUUCCUGCCGCUGUCUGUAAGUAGUUUGUACGUUUCACGUGCUCUGGUUUCCUCCCACAGCCCAAAGACGUACUGGCUGGUAGGUUAAUUGGUCAUUGUAAAUUAUCCCAUGUUUAGGCUGGGGUUAGGUCAGUGGGUUGCUGGGCAGCACGGCUCUAAGGGCUGGAAGGCCUAUUCUGCGUUGUAUUGCAAUAAAUAACAAUAAAGAUCUGCCUGCAUGCUGUGUGGUCUGUGCAUAAAAUGUCUCUAAGCUUAUAGUCAGUGAGGCUGCCACUAUCUAUUCCCCAUAUAUCAGCUGUCUCUGCACCCAUUGUUCUUACAGGUAUUUCUCCCAUGUGGACUGUGUAAACAUGCACAGUUCAUUCAGGGCCUCCUAGCACUUACAUAGUACAGGUGGCCCCCAUUUUCCAAACGUUCGCUUUACGACACCUCGCUGUUACAAAAGAAGUCAGUGCCUGCCUGAAUGGCCAAGCUCCUCCCCCGGAACUGCAUUCUAGCUGCCAUUGCUUAAACACGUGCUUUCUCUCGAUUUAUUUUGUGCAUCCGUUAGCAAGCUGAGUUCUAAGGUAUCGGACAAGCCUAAAAGAGCUCGUAAGGGUGUAACGCUUAGCGUAAAACUAGACAUAAUUAAGCGUUUCGAUCGUGGUGAACGAAGUAAGGACAUUGUCCGUGCGUUGAACUUGCCUGCGUCCACCAUUCGCACUAUUUAUACGUAGAGAGAAAGAAUUUUAAAAGCUGCCGAUGUUACUGUCGGUUCUGCUUGUAGCAAAGUGGUCUCUCUUAGUCGGCAUCCAAUAAUGGAUAAAAUGGAAAAUCUAUUGCUUGAGUGGAUUGAUGGGUGUACAAAGCGUGGUGUUCCGUUAAGUUUUCUUCUUCUUAAGGAGAAAUCAGUCAGUCUUUUUAAUAAGCUGAAACAAAAACCACUGGACGAUGGUGGUGAAAGUGUUGUGAAAGUGGAAUUUAAAGGUAGUCAUGGGUGGUUUGAUCGGUUUCUGAGGUGAGGGCAGCUUCAUAGUUUAAUGUUUACUGGAGAGAGUGCUUCAGCUGAUACUGAAGCUGCCAAAAAGUUCCUAGCAGAACUGAAGAAAAUAAUUACAGAAGGUGGUUAUUUGCAUAAGCAAGUGUUUAACUGUGACAAAACUGCAAUUUAUUGGAGUCUUCCCGAUUCCGGUAAGUGAAACUACACUGUACAUACAUUAGUUCUACUUUAUAUAGGCUAUGUAUUUUUAUGUGUUAUUUGGUAUGAUUUAGCAGCUUCAUAACUUAAAGGUUACUGGAGAGAGUGUUUCUGCCAAGAGCACUUGCACUGUGUUUCUGCCAAGAGCGCUAGACGGUGCUGUAGAAAAGUAUUUCCCAUGCACAAGUCCCUGGACAACGGGGGCAAGAACGUCCCCAAUGUCGCCCUCACCCUGAUGGCCAGCUUCGUAUGUGGCUGCAUCAGGUUGUGUGUAGAGCCCAGGUAUGUGGGCACCAAGUACCACUAUGUGCCCAGGUUCUACUUGUCGCCCUGGCUACGAAGGAUGGGUCUGGCCCCACUCCCGCGCAACGCCCCAGUCAGCUGGUCAUUGCCGGCAUACCUGUCCUACGUAGCAAAGUUCUUCCAGGAGAACGCCUUUGACCACAGGGCCAUCAGGCAGUGGUCGGCAUGUAGUGUCCUGCAGGCACUGCAGGAGAAGGACGUGAUGGACACAGUGGGGUGGUUCCCUGAGCAGACUGUCCAGUUCAUCUGGCAAAAUGCCUCAUCGCCAGAUCUAACCAACAGGCACCAAGAACUCGCCUGGCUGGCGGUGAGAGGGGCCCUCCCAGUCAGAGCCCUCCUGUAUGCCCGGAACGUCGUCUCCGCACCCCACUGCCCAUGGGAGGACUGCAGUGAGGAGGAGUCUGUGACCCACCUCUUUGCACACUGCCAGUUCGCAAAGAGGGUGUGGAGGAGGAUGGACGGGCUAGUGUCACGGUUUAUCCCCAGCAGCUGCGUAACAGAGGACUCUCUGAUCUACGGGCUGUUCCCGGGGACACACACGGAGACCAACGUCCGGUGCUGUUGGCAGAUCAUCAACUCGGUGAAAGACGCUCUUUGGUCGGCCCGAAACUUGAUGAUCUACCAGCACAUGGAGAUGUCCGUGGGAGAAUGCUGCCGACUGGCACAUUCUCGGCUGCAGGAGUACGUGCUGAG